UAUUUUUAAUGUAUGAUUAUUAUGUUUUUUGAUGUGUUUUCAAAUGUAAUGAGAAUCACGAAUUUAGAAAUAUUACACUUUGGGAUAACAUAAUAACUCGCUCAAAACGAUUUUCGUAAAAUCGUGCCUUAGCAUGAGAUAACGUUGAACGAAUUGAAAUUCAACAAUCAGUCGAAGUCGAACUUGUUGGGAACUAAGCAACGGUUAAGUAGUUCUAGCGGUUUCAUAGGAAGCAAUCGUAUUUUUGAGAAAUGGCAGAUCCAAAAGUUGAGCAACCUACAUCAGACGUAGAAAAUAACUACACACCAAGUAACGACCCGAAGAAUAUGCAAGAAGUAACACAAUAUGUGCAAUCUUUGCUACAAAACAUGCAAGAUAAAUUUCAAAGUAUGUCUGACCAAAUUAUUAAUAGAAUAGAUGAAAUGGGUACUCGUGUUGAUGAAUUGGAAAAAAAUAUCACAGAUUUGAUGACACAAGCAGGUGUUGAAAAUGAAAAAUAAUAUAAGAAUUUGACAUUAGUCAUAAAAUAGUGUAUGAUUUGUAGUAAUAUGCAUGAAUUGUCUUUUUUAAUGCAGAUUUAAAUCUUCAUUCCAAACAUUAUAAU